GGAACCGGACAUUGUUCCUUCUGGCGCGUCUGAGAAGCGCAGGAACAAAUGCCAGUGUUAUGAAUAGUUCCUUUUCUAGAACAAAGUCACACGCAUGUCAUGCGAAAGCAUCUACGAGGCUUUUUUCCCCUUUCAGUUCAACAACCCGGUGUUCAGACUCGUUUUAAAAACAUCUCUUCUCCUCCAGCUGCAUUUGUAGACUAAACUGUUGUCUCACUUUGUUGUCUCUGUGUCAGACGAGGUGCAAAUCCCGAAGAAAUUUACUUCCUCCACCUCUUCUUCCAUCUCCUCCUCCACAUCGUCGUGGUGCAGCAGCAGCCAACGCGGUGAGUGCGUCCUGCAGCAGCAGCAGCCGCAACAACAGCAGCAGCUGGAGCAGGAGCAGCAUCGCACAUGUCGUUUUCUGGACGACCUGAUAACCGUCUUAAACCGAGUCAAACAAGGUAUUCCCCGGGGAUCCGUGAAUACCGAUGGCUUCAUGUAUAGAUAUUGUCUCUGAAAAUUACGCAUCGAGCCCUUGCAGCUGAGGUGCGGUAGCACUGAGGGGAGCAAUCUCAGUGCAUCCCUUUGAACACACACACACACACACACGCACACAGCCUUUUGGAUACAACACUUCACAAGAGACAAUGAGAGGCUACCUGCUGACUGCAAUCUUUCUUCUGCCCUUGGUGGCCUCAGAGUCCGAGCACUGCCUAAUCAAGCAUGAACACGAGAAAUGCAUGGAGAUGAUCAUGCUGCAGAACCCCAGCGAUGACAUUGAAUCGAUGUGUCCGUGGAUGUGGGACAACCUGACCUGCUGGCAGGCGGCCAAUGUUGGUGAAGUUGUGGUGUUCAACUGCAAGGAGCUCUUCCGUGACUUCAUGGACCCUGUGGAUGAGUUGGGGAAGGUCAGUCGUAACUGCACCGAGGACGGUUGGUCUGAACCCUUCCCUCACUAUGCGGAUGUGUGCUUCUUCUAUGACAACACCACUAAACCUGACAUUUACUAUGCCUCAGUCAAGGCCCUGUACACAGUUGGCUACAGCACAUCGCUGGUGUCUCUGACUACAGCCAUGGUCAUUCUCUGCAGGUUCAGGAAGCUCCACUGCACCAGGAACUUCAUUCACAUGAACCUGUUUGUGUCCUUCAUCCUGAGAGCCAUCUCAGUCUUCAUCAAGGAUGGGGUGCUGUACGCUCAGGAAGACAGCGACCACUGCUUCGAACACACAGUGGCGUGUAAAGCAGUGAUGAUUUUCUUUCAUUACUGUGUGAUGUCCAACUAUUUCUGGCUGUUUAUUGAAGGUCUUUAUCUCUUCACUCUCCUGGUGGAGACUUUCUUUCCUGAAAGACGCUACUUCUACUGGUACACUAUCAUAGGAUGGGGAACUCCCACCAUCUGUGUUACUGUCUGGGCUGUUCUGAGGCUCCACUUUCACGACACUGGAUGCUGGGAUACAAAUGAUAACACUGCCCUCUGGUGGGUGAUCAAAGGACCUGUUGUGGCCUCCAUCAUGAUCAACUUUGUCCUCUUCAUUGGAAUAAUCAUCAUACUGGUGCAGAAGCUUCAGUCCCCUGACAUCGGAGGAAACGAAUCAAGCAUUUAUCUCAGCUGUGCUCAGAAAUGCUUCAGUGAGCCCACACAGGCUGUUCAGCAUUCGUGCAGGAUGUCAGAGUUAUCCACCAUCACACUGCGUCUGGCGCGGUCCACCCUCCUGCUCAUCCCCCUGUUUGGUAUUCACUACACUGUGUUCGCCUUCUCACCUGAAGAUGUCAGCAAGAAAGAGAGACUGGUCUUUGAGCUAGGACUGGGAUCCUUCCAGGGCUUUGUUGUAGCUGUCCUCUACUGUUUCCUCAAUGGAGAGUUUCUCCCUGAAGGUGCAGUCGGAGAUCAAGAGGAAAUGGCGCAGCUGGACAGUGAACAGGUACUUUGCUGUGGACCUGAAGCAGCAAAGGCACCCUUCGUUGGCCAGCAGUGGAGUGAACGGCGGGACUCAGCUGUCGAUCCUCAGCAAGAGCAGCUCCCAGAUUCGCAUGUCCAGCCCACUGGCGGAGAAUGUCAACAUCAGCCUCCCAACCUGAGCGUCUGAUUGGCAGGAGUCAACUUUAAGGUGCCGUUCCGCUUAUGUACGUCCAGACCAACCAGAGCAGAACAAAGUGGUCCCUCAUAACUCUUACAUUCUAUAGGUAGGCCUUCCGAAAAUGAGAUGUUUCUGAAAGCAUUUACUGGAGAUUCUUUAGAGGUGCAUAGCUGACUUUCAUACUUUAUAACCUCAUUUGGAUAUACAAUAUCAUUUUAGUAUUUUAGUUGACUCUGAUUGCGAUCUUUCCUGAUUAAUGAUUGAUAUCUUGACAUCUUAACUGACAAAUUCCACUACAUAGAUUAAAACAGAAACUUAAUAGAAAUUCCCUUUCUACCAAUGUUUUCUAUUUAAAAUGUUUUAAAUAACACUGAUUGAGUGUUGUUGGCAAAAAUGGUACCAACUGUAAAAAAAAAGAAAAAAAAAAAUUGUGAACAGUUAAACAUCAAAUGUAGGGAGUCGUUUGUGUUUCAAGUAGAUGUGCUUCACAGUGCCAUACAGGUUGCCUGACUGGAUCCUCUUACAGGAUCUUUUGCAGUCCAAAGUUAAAUAACAACCGCGUUCGCCUUGCUUGUACAAAUGCUCAUUGUUUAAAUGUUUCAUCUUAAAUUUAAACACAUUUUUCUACAAUCAGCCGUAAGUACAGAGUAUGUCAAAAGAUAAAUAGGGGGGCUCAUGGACUUUGUAAAUAAUUACCAUUACGAUCAGGAACGCAGUAUUGUAAUGACCUUUUACAAACAAAAGCAACUGGAGCCCAAAUCUGUAGAUUUCGUCACACAUCCUUAGGACCCCAAAGUUUCCACCCCCUAUAUUCUGACAAUUUUUUUAUAUUGACUAAACAGUAUUUGAAAGAACAUAGUGCCAAAAUGAAUGAGCACUGUAGGUCAGUGGUUUAAUCUGAGGGGUUGUGACAUGUCAGAUACAACUUAAAAAAGAAAAUCAACAUUUUUUGCCAUUAAAUUGUGUUUAUUAGCUAUUUUUCAUGUAAAACCAGAUACUUUGAUGUCUUCAGGCUUCUAAAAA